AUGUCGGACAUCAAUCCGGACGAUUGCACUUUGCAAACAUGCCCAUUGAGUGCAGCUUACAUCAAUUACCAGCCCAACAUGGCUGGGAAUAUCUUCUUCAUUGCUGUAUUCGCAAUCUUGUUAGUCGGCCAAAUUGCGACUGGUAUCCUUUUCCGAGCUUGGAGUUUCAUGAUACCCAUGGCUGCCGGCUUAAUCCUCGAAGUGAUAGGAUACGUGGGACGAGUGCUUCUACAUAAUAAUCCAUUCGACUUCAAUGCUUUCUUGAUGUACUUGAUUUGUCUUACCAUUGCGCCUGCCUUCUUCACGGCGGGGAUAUACCUGUGCCUGGGUCGAAUUAUCACCGUCUAUGGCGAGAGAUACUCCCGACUGAAGCCAAGAGCUUAUGUCUACAUAUUUGUGACUUGUGAUGUGAUUUCCCUCAUCUUACAGGCAGCCGGUGGGGCUGUGACCUCUAUUGCCGAUGAACAAUCUCUGCGGGAUACCGGUGUCAACGUCAUGAUUGCUGGAUUGGUCUUCCAGGUCGCAUCCAUAAUCGUAUUCUGCAUUCUUGUGGUUGAAUAUGGGAUCCGAGCCGCACGAGGACGAAGUGUACACUCCGAGAAGCGACGGCCAGACUGGAAGAAGCGAUCUUUCUUGAUCGGUCUGGCAAUUGCCGUCUUGACUAUUCUGAUACGUUCUACCUUCCGGGUUGCGGAGCUGCAAGGUGGUUUCGACAGUAGCCUGGCCAAUGACGAGAUAGCAUUGAUGAUCCUGGAGGGUGCUAUGGUUUCCAUUGCAUGCAUUUGCUUGACAGGCUUUCAUCCAGGAUUGCUUGUCGGAAAGAAUUGGGGAGCACCUCAAGCGCCUGCUACUGCAUCGGAUUCAGAGGUGGAGUUGCAAUAA